AUGGCCCCGGGCAUGGGAAUCAAAGCACCUGUCCCCAGGACCCGGACAGGAUGCCUGACAUGCCGGAAAAGAAAGGUCAAAUGCGACGAGGUGAAGCCCGUCUGUGAGCGCUGCACGAGGCUCCAGAGAGAGUGUAUCUGGAGUGGCGAUGACCUCCAGCUCGCUCCCUGUCACCGGCCUCAGCCAGCAGGCUCGGCGUCGAUAUCGAUAGCGACAUCGACCUCGGCCGAGCCGAGCCUCCAACUCAGCUCGCUGUCUGGCCAGAACUUCGUGGUGGAGUUCCCAAACCUCAACCGCCAUACUGUGUCGUAUAUGCACCAUUUUAUCACUUUCUGUUGUCGAUUCCUAGCUUACUCGAACGACAAUGAGGGUAACCCGUUUCAGGAAGACUUGAUCCCCCUAGCGAGCUCGUCACCCGCGUUGCUGCACUCGAUGACUGCGGUUGCUGCCUCGCACCUGUCGCGAGGUCAACCCCAGCAUCUCAUUACUGCUGCGAAUAGCUACGCUCUGGCCCUGAGGGAACUGAAUGCCACCCUCUCGGAUCCCGUCGUCGCCCGCUCGGAUUCGACGCUAGGCGCUUGCCUGCUAUUGUGCGUCUAUGAAUCCGACAACUCUCUCUGGCUUGAACACCUUCAAGGAGCACGAGACCUGAUUUUAUAUAGGGGGGGUCCAAAAGCCAGUGACUACCUGACCCGAUUUUUCUCUUUACUCGACAUCUCCGGAUCACUGUCGUCUGGUGGCGGUCCCCUCAUCCAGGGCAACUACUGGCUCGAGGACGGCCCCGACCAGGAUCCGACUUCAAACUCCAACCGCCGGCGCUGGCCAUAUUACGACGAUGGCAACGUCAUGACCAACCUCUUCCACGAGCUGAUGGUGUUUAUGGCUAAGCUCUCACGUCUGUCGGCUCAGUCAAUGAGCGAUCUUGGAGGCCAGCAGCCGGAGAACAUCGUGAGCCAGGCGGCGGAAAUCCGCCGCGAUCUCUUCGCGUGGUGGCAACAGUGCCCUCCUGCUUUACGGGACCAGAGUAAUGCCUGGAGGACGCAAGCUAGACCUCGCAAGCUGACGGUCCCUGAAACCUUGGAGGAGGAGGCAUUUUCCAGCACCAAAUCGUGUAUGGAUGGAUGCAUAAUCUACCUGAACCAUAUCCUUGACCCGGAAGGCCUGCAACCUCAGAAGCCCGAGGUCAUCGAGGCAGUUAUUGAUAUUCUGGAGAUUGCGAAUGAGAUGCCGAGAGGGUACGGCCUGGAAAUGGGGCUCUACUGGGGAUUGUUCAUGGCUGGGAUUGCUAUUUUCAAUGACGAAGUAGCGGAAGAGUUGAUCCGGCAGAAGCUCAAGGCGGAUAUAGCGUCUAGCAUUUAUCACCCUGAUCGCGCGCUUGACUUGCUCGAAGUCUUGUGGAAGAGACAACACCAGUAUGGUAGGAAAUUCGACUGGCGACAGGUACAGAUUCAGAUGGACAUCCACAUGCAAGUCUUUCGGUAA